GGUGGCAGAUCAGCGUAAUAAAAGUAAGUUGGUUACACUUUUCCACCUUCAAGAAUCAAUUUAGCUGGUUUACUAAACGUUUACUUUAACACUAUUUCGUUUUCAGUCAAAGGUCCUAAACUCAAGAGUUUCAGCAAUCGUGUUUCGGGCACAGCAACCUCUGGUUUGGCGUCUUCUUUAGCAUUUACGCCUGCACAGAGUAUGGAGUUGAUCGAUCCAACAGCCGCUUUAGAGCAGGCUAAGGAGAAGAAGAAAGAAAAGUAUUUUGGAGAUGGUGCAUUCUCUCUGUAUCCCAAACCAUAAAGCAGCCUUGCUAUAGUUUUACAAGGGAUAUGAUUUUUUUGAGAUUAAUAACACUAAACCAAUGUAUAUUUUAUGUUUAUCAAUUUUUUCGCUUAUCUCAACAUCCGCAAUCAUUACACUCCUUAAUAUACUGUAUCAAAACCCAUCGCUCUGAAUUUUUGCCCGUUAGAUACACAGUUGUGUUGUUCUUUAUCUUUUACGUUUAUGACUUCUGAAGUUGAACUGUGUAGUGACGGUAAAUAGUGUUACGGAUAACAUUUCCAAAUAACCAUUAGCGUUCAGAACAUA